AUUGUUCUUAUUAUCGGGCUUCAGCUCUGUAAAUUGUGGUUAUGAUCGAGGCCAUUGCUAGAGAGAGAAAAAAGGGAGUAGAGAGAGAGACGAGAAUUUCAGACCCUUUGUUUCUGAGGCUUCAAGACCUGACUCUUUCAUUCUUGAUUACAGGGUACCUGAACAGGUUUUAGAGAUAGAUCAACCAAACAAUGGAUUUGCAAUAUCCUGGGUUUCAUCCAAAAGCCAUCUGAGUAACAUUGUCCCUAAACCUGGUUUUGCAUUUCGAGGGAGGGAGGGAGCACAAAUUUGCAGGAGCUAUCAGAUUCUAAAAGAAUAUGAACAGCUUAAUGUUCAGUCUUGCUAUACAUGAGUUUAACAGUGUUAUUCUUCAUAUGGUCCAGAUGAUAUAUACAUCUAUCCUUUGUUCAAGUUGAUGGAAAAAUCAUCUAUCUAUGAAAUAAAUGACCUGAAUUGCUUGAAAAUAUAACAAAAUAUCUAGUAUGGCUGUAUUGUAUUGCUGCACUUAGUUUACCUUGCUUUGGGCAGGUAUACAUAUCCAACUUGGGUGUAGUUUUGCAAGUCUAGUGCAUUGGAAAGCCAGGAGCUGCAAUGGAGACAACACAAACGAAAACAAUGGAAGGGAAGGGGAAGGAGGAGAGGAACCCAACUAAAAAAUCAGACCGUGUUGUCGUUUGGCUUCUACAUAGAAAAUUCACUCUCCUGUCCAUCCUUCUAUUUGCCUUUUUCCUUCGCAUUCUCGUUUCUCUCCAUCCUUACUCUGGUGCACGGAGGCCCCCCAUGUUUGGGGACUAUGAAGCCCAACGCCAUUGGAUGGAGAUUACUAUAAACAUCCCACCUCGAGAAUGGUACAAGAACACCACCUUCAACCAUCUUGCCUAUUGGGGCCUCGACUAUCCUCCCCUCACUGCUUACCAGAGCUACUUCCAUGGCAUCUUCCUCCGAGCCCUCGACCCCAAUUCUGUCGCCCUCUCCUCUUCCAGAGGCUAUGAAACUCCUCUCAGCAAGCUCCUGAUGAGGUGGACGGUAUUGUCAUCAGAUGCACUCGUAUUCUUUCCAGCAGCUCUGUAUUUUGUUAUUGUUUACUAUGCUGGUCGUAAAGAUGAUGAAGUUGCAUGGCAACUUGCCAUGAUUUUACUUCUUCCAGGUGUCAUUUUGAUAGAUCAUGGUCACUUUCAGUAUAAUUGCAUCAGCCUUGGUUUAACGAUUGGAGCAGUCGCUGCUAUCAUCUCUGAGAAUGAUGUGCUUGCUUCUGUGUUAUAUUGUCUAGCACUCAACCACAAGCAGAUGAGUGCAUAUUAUGCACCUGCAUUUUUUGGCCAUUUAUUAGGGAAAUGCAUCCGUCGCAAGAACCCGCUACUAGAGACUAUGAAACUAGGUUUUGUGGUCUUCGGAACUUUCAUCAUUGUUUGGUGGCCUUAUCUCUCUUCUGUUGAAGCAAUUUUAGAAGUUCUUCGUCGCCUGGCCCCUUUUGAGAGGGGAAUAUACGAGGACUAUGUGGCUAACUUUUGGUGUAGCACGUCAUUUGUCAUAAAGUGGAAGCGGCUCUUCUCUAUGCAAACACUGCGCUUGCUUAGCUUUGGUGCUACUCUAGCAUCGAUUUUACCCUCGACGGUUCACCAAAUCAGUGUGCCUAGUCGCCAAGGCUUCCUUUAUGCUAUGCUGAAUAGUUCAUUUUCCUUCUAUCUCUUCUCUUUCCAAGUUCACGAGAAGUCUGUCCUUUUGCCACUGGUAGCGAUGAGCCUCUUGGCUUUGGAAGAGCCUCUUCUUUUCCACUGGUUUUCAUGCUACGCUAUGCUUUCCAUGUAUCCUCUUCUUUGUCGGGAUGGGUUGGUUGUACCAUAUGGAGCUCUUUUGCUUCUCUCCAACCUCCUCUACUUUACGCCUCAAGUUUUCGGGGGACAUCGUAGGAGAGAGAGAGUUUCUUUUGGCUUUAGGAAGGUGUUGAUGGCCCUCUGUCUGUUGAGUUUUCUUGUCAUUCAUGUUAUUUACCUGUCAGUGACCCCUCCUAAGAGAUAUCCCUUCAUCUUUGAGGCAUUUAUCAUGGUUUUAUGCUUCUCUCAGUUUGUGGUGAUUGCAGCUUAUACGAACAUGAAGCAAUGGAUGUUACAAAGUAGUUGCUUUCCAAAGGAGAAAAUGCAUUGAAAUCGUACUAGCAUAUAACGAACCAUUUGCUAUAGUUUUUGAGAUCUAAACCAGGUGACCCUUUUUUUGGCUGAUGCUAUGUUAUUUUCUGUCAUUUUCUGCCUUGCUGGACGUUUUGUUUUCUAUUUCUUAGCGCUCUUUGGAUUCCUUGGA